ACAAACUCUAACAGAAUUGAUAAAUGAACUUUGUGGCUAUAAUUUAUGCCACCUAAUUCUUCUCAUGUAUAUCUAUCCUUACUGUAACCAACAUUCAUCAAAAGAACAACUAAUUAACUAACUAAGAUGUCAAAUAAUGAAACUCCAAUUCAUUUUGGCAUCAUAGGAUGUGCAGAAAUAGCAAGAAAAGUAUCAAGAGCUAUUUAUUUAUCACCAAAUUCAACACUACAUGCUAUAGCAAGUCGUUCAAUUGAAAAAGCCAACAACUUUGCUAUCAAGAACAAUUUGUUAUCUAAUUCUUUGAAGAUUUAUGGAAGUUAUAGUGAACUUCUUGAUGACCCUUUAGUGGAUGCUGUGUACAUGCCUUUACCUACUAGUUUACAUCUUCAUUGGGCAAUUUGUGCUGCUGAAAAGAAGAAGCAUUUGUUGUUGGAAAAGCCUACUGCUUUGAAUGUUGAAGAGUUGGAUAAGAUUGUUGAUGCUUGUGAGAAAAAUGGGGUUCAGUUUAUGGAUGCUAGUAUGUGGUAUCAUCAUCCAAGAACUUGUAAAAUGAUGGAGAUGAUUCUUGAUUCUAAGCUAUUUGGACAUGUCAAAGCUAUUCAUAGCUCAUCGUCGUAUUCGCCAGGCCAGGAAUUUCUCGAAAAUGACAUCAGAGUAAAGCCAGACUUAGAUGCCCUCGGGGCACUAGGUGACGCGGGCUGGUACUGCAUUGGCGCGAUAUUAUGGGCUAUGAACCAAACUCUACCAACAACUGUGACUGCACUGCCUGGUGUUGCAAGAAACUCAGCUGGGGUUAUCUUGACAUGCAGUGCCUCAUUGUACUGGGAAAAAGAGGAAACUGUUGCUACAUUUUACUGCUCGUUCGUGUCACACGAGACAAUGGACUUACGAGUUUAUGGCUCUAACGGGACAUGUUAUCUCUACGACUUCAUUAUCCCAUUCGAUGAGAACUCUGCUUCGUUCAACUUCACAUCUGGUGCUAAGUUUGUCGAUCUUCAUAUCGGAUGGAACGUGAAACCUCAGGUAGUUGAAGUAGCUUCUCAGUUACCACAAGAGGCUUUGAUGAUUCAAGAAUUUGCUAGUCUGGUUAAGGCUAUUAAAGUUUCCAGAAGCAAACCCGAGAGCAAAUGGCCGCGUACUAGCAGACUCACUCAGCUCGUGCUCGAUGCUGUGAACAAAUCUAUAGACACAGGUUUACAGCCAGUUCAUAUGUAAAUGCUGAAGCAUCGAAAAACAGCUCAUUACAUUAUCGAUGUAUGUAAGUUAAAUCGACGUUUAUAUACUUGCAAAGUAUCCAUUUACCAUGGUGCAUUGCAAGUUUUGACUAAGCAAAAAGACCAAUAACAAGAUUUGAGCAUAAACUUUCUCA